AUGAACGCCCUGUACUCACUAACCCUGGUACCAUUGGUCAUACUAUCCUUGAUACCAUUGGUGGUUUCGGACAAUAUUAGUCCAGUUCUCAAUCAGCCGAUCACUGGUGGUGAGUUCACGUUCUAUGGUGCUGCUGGUCGUGGUGCUUGUGGAUUGGAUGUGUCCAGUUGUUCGGCCGCUUUGUCUGGUUCUUUGUUCACUGCUGGUGCUGCUUGGGUACCCUCGGACUUGCCUGAUGGUCGCUACAUCCUGGACGAUCCAAUUUGCCGAGGUAUCUGCGUUAAGAUCGAGUAUCAGGGCAAAACGUGAGUUAUAUAGUCUGCUAUGGUCUGUUCUACUAAGAAUUACAUGCCUUUUUGAAAACCAUUGUAUAUAUAAGUACAUAGUACAAUAUAUGUUACAUACACAUAACAAUCCAGUGGAGUCUUCAUCGGCGAUAACCAAUGUCCAGAAUGUGCUGUAGAUCACGUUGAUCUGUCCACAGAUGCCUUCUUGUUGUUGGAGCCACAGGGUGGUACGGUAGGAAUUGCCAAAGAUGCCACAAUAACUUACUUGUUCUGUAACGAAACAACUCUGACUCUAUGUGAUGGUUCGGCCCCUACCUCUGGAACUACUGUGUUGCCAGCUAGUACUACUACUGCUGGUGGUAAUGCUGCUUCUACAGCUACUACCAAGAAGGCUUCUGGAGCUUGCUAA